UAACCUGGGUAUUGAGGGGUCAGACAAACUUGCUUGUAUUAGCUUAUGCCUGUUUCUAAGGUUUGUUUAUAUCCUUGGAUAGUAUACUUAACAGAAACAAUAUGCAGAAACAGCGCAAAGUGAAAGUUUGUCUUUCUAAUGAAAGCAUAAUAUCAUUUAUGUAUAUAUAUAUAAAUUGUUCUUUUCUUGAAUAUGAUAAAGCAUGAUUAUAAAUGAAAAUGGACGCUGAGUCACCAAACGGCAUUUAGAAAGGACACCCUGAGCUUAGAUGCUCCUACAAGCCGCUUGAUAUCACUAGCAUCACUAAAAAUUUACAAAUCCCUUUUCACGCCACCAGCAGUGAGCAAUCGAUAUAAAAUCUAUAAGACACCUGCAACUUCUAAUAGGCUUUUAUUGAAAUUCAAAUCUGUGUUUAUUUGCUACAUGAAUAGAGAAAUAGAUGGGUAUGAUUUUUCAUCAGGAACCGCAACAGGUACCAAAAACGCGUCAUCAAACACUAGUUGUGAAAUCAGCACAUUUCACUGAAGUUUAUGACUCAAAGUUUAAUAAGAAGUGAUCAAUAUUUAGCAUGUAUUCAAUACUUUUGCGUGUCGAAUUCAUACUAGAAUAUCUGGCUUAAGCAAAUGCAAGAAGUCUGAGGCAGAAUCCCAUUGAAUCAUCGUCUGCUUCUUGAACAAUACUUUUGCAGCAUCUUUGAAAAGGAGAAUGUUCCUCCCUCCCCGCUCUUCUUAUUCCUCUUUGCAUCCCAUAUGGGAACGUAUGACGUAUUUAUAAAAGAAAUGAUUAAGACCGAAUGAAGGGGAAGAGAUACCACAACAGUUCCUACUUCUCGCAUGGCUGCACAAUUUAAAAAUAUGUGCAAAAGUGUCCCUUCUUCUUCGUACGCUCCUUCCCUCUUAUUCACAUCUGAUCCACUCUCUAUGUCACUAAUUACCCAAGAAAAAACUCCUUAAUGAUUUCAGUGUGACUUCAAUCUAAGGACGAUCCUUUACUUUAGCCACACUAUCAAAUUAAAUAAGUAUUUUUUGAAAAAUGCAUGCCAAAAAUUGCAAGAUCCGUAUAACCGAGAUAUCUUAAAAGGACGCAGUCGAAAGAUGGUUGAAGCGGCAAAGUCGUCAUCUAAAAGUCAUAAUAUAAAAGGCAUUGAGUUUUCAAGCAAACUAGAUGAUGAUAUAAUGCACCUUAGUAGCUCCUUAACAGAAGUAAGAGGAAUGACAUCACAGGCUCUUCUUCAUGUUUGAAAGCGCUAAUAAUCAACCCGAGCCAAGGAAGGCGAUCAAUUCUACUCUUGCCUUCGUCGCGAGCCAGCUCGAGCACGGUGAUAAAAUUUGAAAUGGAUAAUAGAAACGAGACCUUACAGCUAUCAAUCUUCUCAUUUGCUGUUUUAAAUACCUGUGCCCUGGGUUUUCACAGAAGUUGUCUCUUUAUUUGUCCCUUAAAUCGAAGUCUUGUUCGACACGCACACAUUUACUAGGUGAAUCACUUAUGUUGUUUAAAAUGUGUCCAAGUAUAUUGUUGGGUUUAUGAAUCGGAUAGAAAAGUACGACAAUCAAGUUUCCCAUGAAUAAGAAGACCCGUGAAAAACCCCUCUCUGUGCAAAACAUCAUAUACAAAGGAACAAUCCACAAAUUCUCUUAUUUCUACUAUGACACUCCUGCUACAAAAAUUUGUCUGAAAUUGUUCUUUUAAAGAAAUUGCGGGUUUGUCCAAUAUAAUCUAAAAACGAGCAUAAGGGUUUCAGAAAUAAGGGUAACUGCUAUUUUUCUUGAAAUUGGGUUGCAAAUAUCUCUGGAAUCUUUGACGGUUGGUAUUGGACAAAGCCCGUAUAUUUCAAAUACACGAAAUUGCAACUUUUGACAACCUUUUGAAUAUCAAGCAGUGAUAAGCAUGGCUCAAAUGGUUAACCGUUCAUCUUUUUUUGUUAUUCGAGUCUUGUCGGCUGUCCGGCGCGUGCCGCCUGCCCAAUCAGGAAGAAAAAUCUUGAGCGAAAUUUUUUGAAUUUUACCGCUAUUGUGGUGCUUACGACACCACGUAAAUUUGACAAAUCAGAAUCCAGUAUUCUGUCAAGCUAACCAAUCAAAUCGUUCAGCCGAUUUCUCACUCAGCUGAUCAUCUUUGAAAUAUGUCUUUCAUUAAUCCACAAAAACAAAAGCCCGGCGUUGUUUUACGACUAUGGUUUCGCUCUUGACGACAAUCACAUGGGGAUUCACUCAAACAUUGUUUACCUCAAGCAAAUGGACUGUUAGAAGCUCUUGAGAGCCAAAUGUAAAUAGGAUCGUAUUUGAUAACAAAAGUAAAUAAAAAAGACAAUGAACAUUGAAGAUUUUGACGAUAUCUCGAGAGGGAUCGAGCUCUCUUUCUAUGAUGAGGAGAUAUUCAGCUCCUACAAACCACGCAGAAAGGAUACUCCGUACCCUUUGUCAGCGAAAAGGGCAGCGAGAAAACUAUUCCUCAACAACCAAGAAAUGACUUUUGAACUUCCAAUCUGGAUUGGAGAAAAAGACGACUGUUCUUGGGAAAACUCUAGCACAGAAUCGGAGCAAGCCACGCAAUUUCCUUUCAUGAAAACAAGAAGUCCAGUUGUAGCUAACCUGCCUGGACAAGAGUACCUGGAUGACAUAUACGAAGCUAUAAAUGAGAUGGGAAAUCCGAAGCUGCUUGAAGCCUUGGAGAGUUUCAUUACAACAACUUCGGACACGCUGUCACAGAAGAACAGAGAGAAUGAAAGAUUGGAUACAGCCCUUCGAAGGGCAACUGAAAAGAACUCGGAAAAUGCACGGAACCUGGAAGAAGAGAUGGAACAACAAAUCACAAUGCUGGAAGAGAAGAUAAGAGAAGAGGAGAAAAGGAGAGCGGAAAGGGCAAUAAUGGAAGCGCAAAUAAAAAUCGAGGAAAAAGACAAAGAAAUGAAAGAAAUAAAGGAAAAGCUUGAAGAAAGAAUGAACAGCCAGGCCACAACAAAAGAAAAUGAAAGCGAAGAGGAUUUAAAAGAAAAGGAUUUGGAAAACGAAGCAUUAAGAAGUAAGCUGCGAGAAUGUCAAACGCAGAUGGCUGUGUUCAGGACAGAAAUCGCUCAGCUGAAAAACGAAUACGACGAACAAGGGGAGCGACUAUCAAGGGAAAGGCAAACAGUCCUGCGUUGUGUCCAUGAACAAGAGAGCUUGACAAGACAGUUGCAACUUUUACAUGAAGCAAAUAGAAAAUUACACGACACAAAUGACGAUUUGAGGGCAGCUUUAGAAAAUAGAUUGCGAAGUAGUGAUGACAGUAUGUCACCCAGCAAGAGAAAUUCUUUUGUUGGUUCACCAAUAGGUGCGUACAAGAAGAACCCUUUAUCGAGAAGCUUUGACAACCAGUCAACUGACUCGUCGAGAUCAGCUGUUACGUCACCUAUUAUGAACGGAGGGGAUGAAUUAAGCACCAUGUCAACACCCCCUUUUAGACCGCUUGAAAGUGAAUUUAAUGAAUCUUCUUUAAUGUCUGAACUGAUGGCUGCUGAUGAGCAGGGGGAUGGUGAUGAUGACAUAGAAACAGAGGGGAUCCUAAACACCAGCAUGGGGUUACCUGAGGGAAUAUUGCCUCUUCAUAAUAUUGAAACAGAUUAUGUUGAUGAUGAUGCUGAAACAGACCCUGAGUUUGUUGAAAAUGAGAAACUUAAAGAGGCGUUCAAAAAUAUGACUGGUAAAGAGCUUGAGAAUGAAAGUCUUCAGGCAAUGCCAGCAAAAGAAAAAGAACAGAUGAUGGAGCAACUAAGAAUUUUAUGUGAAACUAAUCGACGAUUAAGUCAAUGUAACGAUGAACUGCGAGAUGCAUUAGGGCUGCUAUCGAAGAAAAGGAAGGACAAGAAGUCACCAAGAAGCUCAUCUCGCUCAUCCCAUAGUGAUUAUAUGUCAUCUCCUAGCCGAUCUAAUUCCCGAAGCAGCUCAAUAAACUCAAGAAAUUCGAUACCUGAUAGGCCACCAAGUUCAAGUUCACCUAGGAAGCGCAGAAGCAAUAGCAGAAAGCCAAGUCACUCGGCAACGUCAUCAGAAGGUGAAACUGAGAAUGUCCCUGAAAGUAAAUGUGAAUGCGGAACAGAGCUCGAUAAUGGAGCCUUUAAAUGCAAAAAUUGUGGAAAGAUACACAACCCUGUCAAUGAAGAUGUUGUUGAACCAGUCGUUGUGGAGGAUGAUAAAAGCGAACCUUGGUUAGACCCGAAAUUGUUUCCAGAAGAGGAGUGCAGUUGCAAGGACGAUGGAAGCAUCUGUCCGCAAUGCACAGAAAAACGAGAUGUUUCAUCUAUUGUGAAAGAUGCUUCUGUGCAGGCGGAUUUGUCAUUGAACCCAGAAACUAGCCUCGAACUAGAUAGAGGCUUGCAUGUGUGCGAGGGCGAAAGUUGUAUUUGCAUAGAAGAGGAUAGUAUGGUACCUUUAGAUAAAUCCGUUCAAGUCAGUGACGUUCUUCUUGAUAUAAGCAGAGAUAAAAAUGAACAGAUUGCAAACGAAAGCAAAGAACUAGUCGAGGACGAUCUUAUAAUUCCGGAUUCAGAUGUAGACGUUCAUCAUGAACGGGAUGUAUUAUCUGCUUGCCCGGAUUGUGGCAAUCCAAUUCAAGAUUCAAAUUUUCAUGACGAUAUAUGUACUUGCAUAGAAAACCAAGCACAGAUUGUUCCACCAACCCCAUUUCAGGACAAUAAAGUCGAUAACGAAUUUCAAAAAUCACAGCAUCAUGACAUGAAAUCGAGCUUUCCAGAUUAUUCAGAUGUAACAAGCAAUUAUACGGAUCGCGAAACAGAUGUGCAAACACGAGUUACCGAACCGAGUGCAGUUGAUACGGAUAGUUUAGCCAAUGCAGCUAGGAUUCGACAGGGGAUUCACCCGCCUACUGAGGACGAAAGUGCUUCUGACAUCACAUCAGGAAUAAAUUCUUCAUAUUCAGUGAUACAAAACAUCGAUGAAGAGCUUAGUAUGUUUGCUCACCAACGAGAAUCAGACGAAGAUGUUGAUGAGGAUGACAUGACUAUAGGAGAGCUGCAACGAAUAAAGGAGAUGACGUCAUCCGGGUCAGAUCUAGAAAGUGAUACAGACUCAACGUUUGGAGAAAAACAACGACAGGGAGACUUAGAUACUACAGAUCAAAAUUCGAAUGAAAAUCUCGGUGAACCUGAGCGAAUGUAUAAGCUCGUGUUGGCUGGCGACGCAGCAGUCGGAAAAUCAAGUUUUAUUUUAAGACUUUGCAAGAAUCGUUUCUACCCAUCACUUAAUUCAACUCUAGGUGUCGAUUUUCAGAUGAAAACCCUGAAUGUCGAUGGCCAUACUAUUGCUUUACAACUUUGGGAUACAGCAGGACAAGAAAGGUUUCGAAGCAUAGCUAAGUCGUACUUUCGCCGAGUCGAUGGUGUCCUCCUUCUUUAUGACGUAACAAGUGAACAAUCUUUUCUCAAUGUUCGAGACUGGAUGGAAUCGAUACAGGAAAGUUCAAAUAAGCCGGUUCCAAUCAUGCUAUGUGGCAAUAAGAUUGAUUUACGGAAACCUACAGCACCUAAUGGAAAAAGUUAUAUUUCAAGGGAACAAGGAGAACGGCUAGCUAAGGAAAUAGAUGCGUUUUUCAUCGAAACGAGUUCUCGAAAGAACACAAAUAUCGCUGAAGCUGUACUGAAAUUGGCAAGGAAACUGCGGUCGCUGGAAGAUACUGAGAUAAGAAAUGGUGGCAUGACUUUGGGUGACAAUGGCAACGACAAGAAAAAGUCAGGGUGUUGCUAGACUGUCAAAGAUCGGUAUCUAGUCCAUUCGAUGCGAGUCAAACGCAGCAAAACGCAGAAGAAAGGUAGAAGUUACUGGCCAAGGAAGUCGAGCAUGCUCAGAUAUAUGUAACCUUUUAAGUAGGCAGAUGGUAUAAAAAGUAUGAAUGGUUUCUUGGUUUUGCUGUUUCUUUUGAGAAGCGUUACAUUUACAGAUCUUUUGAUUGGCAAGAAGUUUACAUUAAGUAAAAUCAAAAAGAUUUAACGCGGGAGCGUCACAGGACGUUAAGAUCACAUCGAUCAUAUACAUGGAGAGUUGAAACCGUUUAGUGGAGACGUCACGUUAACGAACUAUGACAUCAUUGCAUCCAAAUGAGCGGAAAUAGAAACAGCUGAUGAUUUCUUCAGAGCGUGAACCUUGUGUUUUUACAAUCCUGAUACUAGCCUUAAUAGGUCAUCAGAGAAGCUCAGUAUCGCGGUACUUUUUCGUACAAGCAGUUUUUAAUCGCUGGGUUAAUUUGCAUUAAGUAUAUUAAAGUACGUUUUUAAUAUAGUAGAAAGGGUUUUCUACAUAGCAUAUCAAAAAACAUUCUUGAUGCCAAGAUUACUCCAGUACUUUGAAAAAACCAUGCACAAUAAUGGGAGAGAAUUGUAUUUCUAAGUAGUACACAAAAUAAAUUGUUGAAAUAGCAUGCAAUUUUAUUUUGCACAUAUUUGUAAAAACUUUCCGUCGUGCAUAUUUCUAGAUUUGCAUUUGUUUUGCAAAAAGUAACUAGAAAUUAAUUUGAUGAUAUAGAUAUAAGGAGGAUCGAAGAUGCUUGUGAUUAAAAGAGCGAAAUUCAACCUGGCAACUGUAGAACCAUUACUAUAUUUUAAGCAGUGUCUGGUAUCAAGCAUUAAACUAAACCGUUUAACACCACAUUGUCUUUAGUACUAUUAUUUUUGAUUUGAUAAAAGGAAAGUUCCAGUCGUUUGCCACCAAACUCUACUCUAGUACCUGACUAAACCCUUUUGUGUCCAGAGUACCCCCGAAACGUCAUGUCCUUUUUAUCCCUAUCCUAUCCCACAUUAUGCAAAACUACUUCUUUCACAAAUUUUAAAAUAUAAAAGUGGCAUUUUGACAUUCUAUUCUCUGCUCAAGUCUUUGUUUUACACCGCGUAACUCUUGGUUUUAAGCUUGAUAGAUGAUCACGACCUUCCGAUCAUUCCACUCCACAUUUCGCACCCCAGAGUACAAUUGUAAUGAUCUCUAUUUGAAAAAUUGGUAUAAAGUAAAGUACACUAAUUCCAAUUGUUAGAAAGAAACCAAAUCUAUUUCUAUCGAACUAAUAAGACCCUAAAACAUACUUCACACACAAAGCAUGACUUCUACCUACUAAUUUUUGUGCAGUGUUAAAAGCGUUGAUUUUUAGAUGUUUUUGGUAAGACCUGUAAAUCUUUUGAGACAUAUAAAAUAGCUUAACUAUAGAUUUAAAUUGCAAAGCAAUUCGUACUUUUGAUGAGAGCUAAAUAAAGGCAACCGAGGCUAACUUUAAUAUGCUUUAAGGGCAUAAUGAUAAUGUAAUUUGUAAAUAUAUUUUGGAGAAAUUAUCGGCCAAACAUAA